AUGCCCAGCUUUUUCCAGUUCACGCAGGGCACCGAGUCGCAUGCUCGUCCCAACGACUCGGCCCCUCUACUGGGUCGCUUCCGCGCCGUUCCUCCACGUCCAGGUGCUAUAGGGCGACGGCGCAGUCAGCUCGGCCUUUUCUCAAAUACGUCUGACAACCGCGGCAGCGUGCAUAUUCUUGGAUACGGUGCCUUUUCUGCCGAAGGCGAUGAUGAUACGGAUAGCGAUUAUGACCUCGAGGACGAUAGGAGCUUGUGGCAGCGCCUUUGGCAACGGUGGGUGUUGGAUAUCUGGGUCAAUCCGAGACAGUCGGCGGUGAGGAGGGUUGUUGAUAAGUGGUGGAGCCGGUAUGCAUUCUUGGUGUUGAUGCCCGCCUUGUUGGCUGUGGCGUGGUGUGCUAUACCCUUUCCUCAGUACGAGAUAUCUGAAGAUGGCGACGGAGACGAGGAUAGUCUCCCUGACGGCCGUAAGGUGCCUGGUCACGGAGCUGCGCGAGUCAAGGUCAACUUUUGGUUCUUUCUCUUCGUCUACUAUGGUUUCUACAACAUUACAGCCCUCAUCUGGAUCACAAAGGUGUUCAACCUUUACAGCCUCAACUGGUGGCCUAAGUCGCUGGGCUUUCCACUGACAGUCUCACUCAUCGCAAUCUUAUCCAUCGCCGCCCCAAUACCGAUCUACUAUAUCGAUAAAGCAUGUGAGCUCCUUGUUCACAACACGUCUUGGAUCUCCUGGACCUUUGUGAUCAUGGCUCUGCCUGUCACAAUAGCCUUUAUCAUUCUUACGACUAACGAACGACAUAUCGGGCUCCGUCACUCGUUAUCAGAUACUCAGCGCAUUUUUACUACAUCAUGGUGGACCGGGGAGCCAGACACGUUUGAUGGUAGGGAUCGUCGACGUCGCAACGUUGCUGCAGACUUGUUUGAUACAGAUGUAAUCCAAGUCGAACCUGAGUUGCGCCCACAGGGCGUUAAGAUGCGCCGACUCUGGCUACCGGCUAGCUUUGUGCGCUUCUUGUGGUUUUGCGUUGCCUUGUUUAUUGGCCUCAUGGCGUAUGUAAUUGGAGAGGCAUACGCUGAGAUCUAUCUUCGAACCCUGCCCCAUAACAAUUUGGAAACAGUGGUAUACGUCUAUGGAUGGGUUGCGACAGUGCAUCUGCUGGAUGCUUUGAGCGGUUGGGUGUUGGGUAUUCGAGAGGGUGAGCGUGUGGGAAGUUACCCUUUGAGCUGGAUCUUCAAGUUGUACUUCAUGUUGACCUACCAGAUGUACGUCCGCGCGCUAUAUGCCCGACUGCGUUCACCGAAACAGUUCAUCACCCUCCAGAUCAUGUCAUCAACAGGACUGGUGGUCAUCACGCCUAUAAUGAUGACCUCUUUCGUGCACAGGGCCCUCACGAUCUUGGGCCUGAACAACCAGAGUUUCGGAUCAUACCAGAAGCUUCAGGUCCGCAACGUCUUCAUUCGUUUCCUUGCUGAGAACGUCUCCAUGGUCGCAUUCCUCGGAAGUAUUCUGGUGCUGCACUUUGGCGCCAACAAAGAUGUUUAUCCAUACUUUGCCUUUGACACAGAAGAUGACGAGGGAUACAACUUUGGUCUCACCUUUUAUGCCUCGUCUGUUACGUGGGCAUGCGAAUUGGUGGCAAGUGUUGCCGUACGGGGCCUCAUCCGACUGUGUUUUCAAAUCGACGUUGGUUUGGAGGGAAAGCUGGACUUGGCUGUAUGGCCGGAGUUGAUGCCAACGAGCGCAGCAGUCAUGUUGCACGUGUUGCAGAACAUGCUCUUUUCCAUCAUUCGAUUACAGUUUCAGUGA